AUUUAGUUAUGGUAUUAACAUGGCAGGGCCGCUGCCAGUGGCCUGCUGAUUCAGUUUCCUUUUCUGGCUACAACCUUCCAUGAUUUCGAAUCACCUCGAUUUCCAUCACAAAUCCCCCGCAAUUCUUAUAUACAUCUAUAUAUGUAAACGAGUUUCACACCGAAUUUCUCAGAGAAGCCCAGGACUAGCUCAUUCUGCCAGAAAGUGCGAGAUCCACGACCAAGUACUUUUAAGAUGUCUGAUGAUGUGGAGAAUCCUAAAGUUGGUGCUGACCAAAAAGGUCCUGAAGCCUCUUCUCCUGUCAGUGAAAUUCAGCCAACCUGGUAUAGUGGCUUACUGCAUCAAACCUCUAUCUAUGGUGUAGCUGCUGGAUAUUGCAUUUCAGCAUCUCUGCUCUCCAUCAUCAACAAGUGGGCUGUCAUGAAAUUCCCUUUUCCUGGAGCUCUAACUGCUUUACAGUAUUUCACUAGCGCUGCAGGUGUCUUUAUCUGUGGAUGGUUCAAACUUGUGGAGCGUGACCCACUUGACCUUCUUACUAUGUGGCGUUUCUUACCUGCAGCCAUAAUGUUCUAUCUCUCACUCUUUACCAACAGUGAGCUCUUACUUCAUGCCAAUGUUGAUACAUUUAUUGUCUUCCGUUCUGUAGUCCCCAUAUUUGUUGCAGUAGGAGAAACAAUGUUUCUGCAUCAGCCAUGGCCAGCAAUGAAGACCUGGCUCUCUCUGGCCACCAUCUUUGGUGGAAGUGUGCUUUAUGUUCUAACAGAUUACCAGUUCACUGUCACAGCUUAUAGUUGGGCUCUAGCUUAUUUGAUAAGCAUGGCUGUAGAUUUUGUGUACAUUAAGCAUGUUGUGAUGACCAUAGGUUUAAAUACAUGGGGCCUUGUGUUGUACAACAAUCUUGAGGCCCUCCUUCUCUUUCCUCUCGAAUUGCUUAUAAUGGGGGAACUGAAGAAGAUCAAGCAUGAAAUCUCUGAUGAGUCAGAUUGGUACUCUUUAGAGGUGGUUCUGCCUGUUGGAUUGUCUUGCUUGUUUGGUUUAUCCAUCUCGUUCUUUGGGUUUUCUUGUCGGAAGGCAAUUUCUGCAACAGGAUAUACUGUUCUUGGAGUGGUGAACAAGAUGUUGACUGUGAUAAUCAAUCUGGUUAUUUGGGAUAAGCAUUCCUCGUUCAUUGGGACAAUAGGGCUUCUCAUUUGUAUGCUAGGUGGGAUUAUGUAUCAGCAGUCCACAAGUAAGCCAAAGUCUGUGCCAGAAGUAAAAGUAGAAGAAGCAGAGGAAGAACAACAGAAGCUUCUAGAAAUGCAAAGCAAGAUAGAAAGCAACAACAAUGAGAAAUAAGUUACCGAGUCUCAUCAGGGAAAAUGAGGCUGUUUCAAAGAUAUUUUGGUGAUGGAAAUAUCUGAUCUUAAGAACCAUCAGAUAGCCUGUGCUUGAACAGAAAUUUUUGUGGCGAGACAUUUUGGUGAUAAUUGCUUUGUUCUUCUUUUCCAAAGAAAAAUAUACCCUCCUCCACCCAUUUUCAGUUUUAUUAGACGUAGAAAAACAGGUCAGGUGGAGGAUUACAUUCUAUUUAUUUAUUCUUGUUAGAAAGCUUUCAUUUUAUUCAAAUAGGUUUUCGCAGUAAUGUUUUGGAAUGGAUGUUCAUUUUGGCCAAAAUUAUGUUAAAUGAAGCAGAACCCAGUUAUUAUAACAGUUUUUUUUUUUCUUGUUAUUCAAUAUGAAAUUUGCUGUUAGUAUUUUU